AGCGUCCAAUCAACUCUUGGCAGAGGGCUGCUUGAACUUUUCUUGAUAGCGCCCGCUCGACACCACGCCGAGACCCAGGCCCCGACCCGGAGACGCCGAGCAAAACCUCUUGCGGCCCGGAAAGACACUCCGCGCCAGGCCAAUUGCACGAACACGGGCCUAGUUAGAAACUUUGCCAACCCGUUUGGUCCCUUUUCUUCUUGUCAGAAUCUCGACCCCGCUCGGCGCAAAAUGUCGGCAGCAGCAUCAACCUUGAAAGUAGCCACGGGCUACGGCGGCAAGCGGGUCUUUCUACCGAACCACGUCAUCACCUUCAUCACGCCCAAGCCCCUCCAGCCGCCCAACUGGGCCACCUUCAUCGUGCCGCUCAAGUUCAACAAGCUCGACCUCAAGGACUACCUGCGCAACGCGUACGGGGUCGAGGUCGGGAGGAUACGGUCCUUCAUCUCGGGCAAGCCGCUCGUCAAGCACAAGGAGUUUAGCGACGGGCGCGAGUCGGUGCCGGGCCAGACGCGGCGGCCCCGGUCCGAGAAGAAGAUGAUCGUCGAGCUCGCGGUGCCCUUUGUGUUCCCGUCGCCGCCCGAGGACCUGGCGCCGUGGGACAACGACAUCUUCAAGGCGGUCCAGGCCAUGUCCGAGGGCAACUCGGCCGAGGUCAAGGGCCUGCGCGACAACCGGCGCCGCCUCAACGUCGCCAACCGGCCCGUCACCAACAACCGCAUCUCGCUCGCCAAGCAGGCCGAGGCCCUGCGCGCGCGCGGCGAGGCCUGGAGCAACGACUCGCCGCUGGACGACAAGUGGAUCGAGGUCGAGAAGGAUAUCGAGCUGCCACCCGGCCAAUGACAUGUUCUUUACUCGUGACCUUGUGUAUAUUACAUAUUUUGUACGAUGGAUCCGGCCUGGCAUCAUAGCCUCUGU